AUGUAUGAUGGGGAUGGCCAUGACGAUGUCAAGAAGAAAAGGAUAAGACAAAUGCAGAAUAGACAAUCUGCUGCACAAUAUAGAGAGAGGAAGAAGGAUUACUUGGAUAAACUGGAGGCUGUAGUGGAGAAGUUGGAAAGUGAACGUAAUCAAUUAAUUGCCAACACUGAGAAACUUACAAUGUCACAGAGUGAGGUUAAUAUGAAGAUCGCUCAGUUGGAGGAGAAGAUUGAUCAUUCUCUAAAAAAGAAUAGGGAACUCAAGUCUACGCUGGCACAGCUGGCUAAAUCAACUGGUGUGGCAAUGGACAAUGAGCAACUAUUAGUACAAGAUGUGGCAAGUGGCUUCAAGCCCAUCGCUCAUACAUUACCAAAACAACAACAUCUGCCUCAGCAACAGGUCAAGAGUCCAGGAGGCACUUUCCAUCUGGCAGGAAACAGAAGUAUACUUAACAAUGGAGUGUCAUCAACUCAUACAUCAUCGUCCAACAACAACAACAACAAUAAUCCAUUGUUGUUAUCAGAUAUCAACUCGCCAAGUUCAUCUUCGGCAUCUUCAUCACCAAUCCACAACACAGUGCUGGGUGAUCAGCUCCAACAACAAGAUAGAUACAUAGACAAGUUCAACAACAUAUCAAUAUCCAACUUGAGCGUGUCUGAUGAUAAGGGAUCUCGUCAUCUACCAUCAAUAUCAGUGAUUGGAAGUGGUGGUAGUGUCAGUGGCGGGGGACCAUCAAUGUUGUCUACAUCAAUGAAACAUCAUCAUCAUCAACAACAACAACAUCAACAUCAUCAUCAACAUCAACAUCAACAUCAUUCCAAACGUUAUCGUGACUUCUCCCUUAUCCAAGGUGAUGGUAGCAUGCUGUCGGCAUCAUUGGCCGCUGGCAAUAACUCACCAUGUACAUCACUCUACGUAUCGACAUCGCCAACUCCUUCACAACAGCAUCCGCUCUCCUUCUCGCCCCUGCCUCGUCCACUGCCACAGCUGUCCAAUAGCCAUCCAUCUUCGUUCACGCCGCCUUUGGCAUCAUUCUCAUCGAUACUUUCGAUCACCUCUCCAUCUUCAUCACCUAUCCACUCAUCACUGUCAUCAUCACCGAGCAAUUGUUACUUUGCCAACGAUGGAGCCAGUUACUUCCCCAACUCACCGUCUAGGCAAACCUUUGUAAAGUCCAAGAAUGUCUUUUAA